AAACCAUACCAUAUCCCACCAGAGAGUGACUCCUGAUUGCCUUCUCAAGUCACAGACACUAUGAUGCCUCCCAUGGCCCUGCCUAGCGUAUCUUGGAUGCUGCUUUUCUGCCUCAUGCUCCUGUCUCAGGUUCAAGGUGAAGAACCCCAGAGGGAACUGCCCUCUGCACGGAUCCGCUGUCCCAAAGGCUCCAAGGCCUAUGGCUCCCACUGCUACGCCUUGUUUUUGUCACCAAAAUCCUGGACAGAUGCAGAUCUGGCCUGCCAGAAGCGGCCCUCUGGAAACCUGGUGUCUGUGCUCAGUGGGGCUGAGGGAUCCUUCGUGUCCUCCCUGGUGAAGAGCAUUAGUAACAGCUACUCAUACGUCUGGAUUGGGCUCCAUGACCCCACACAGGGCACUGAGCCCAAUGGAGAUGGUUGGGAGUGGAGUAGCAGUGAUGUGAUGAAUUACUUUGCAUGGGAGAGAAAUCCCUCCACCGUCUCAAGCCCCGGCCACUGUGCGAGCCUGUCGAGAAGCACAGCAUUUCUGAGGUGGAAAGAUUAUAACUGUAAUGUGAGAUUACCCUAUGUCUGCAAGUUCACUGACUAGUGCAGGAGGGAAAUCAGCAUCCUGUGUUUGGUGUGCAACUCAUCGUGGGCAUAAGACCAGUGUGAGGACUCACCCUGGAAGAGAAUAUUCGUUUAAUUCCCCCAACCUGACCACCUCAUUCUUAUCUUCCUUCUGUUUCUUCCUCCCCGCUAUCAUUUCAGUCUCUUCAUUUUGUCAUAUGGCCUAAGGCUUUAAAGAGCAAUAAUAAAAUUUCAGAUCUGCA